AUGCUCUUUCAACGAUGCGUUGAGGAGCUGAUCGCCCAGAGCGCCGGACCCGCAAAGGUCUUUGAGACCCUGAAGCUGGCCGGGAAGGGGCAGUCCACGGAGCCAGGCAUCCGCGAGGCGCUGCAGCAAUUGGAGACCUUCCUUAGCCCUGUGCUCACCCCAGCGGAGUGUGUAGAGCUGCUGGGAGAGAUGGUUCAGGGGCGCUUCGUAGGGCUGAGCUGA